AUGGCGCCAAUUAAGAAGGAUCCCAAUUCACAAGCAAAUCAUCUUGUCUUUACGACUACGCACACUGAUAUCAACCUGACUUUGUCGUUUCCUACCUCAUCGUUGUCCGGGGAUGUUACCUUGACAUUGAAAGCCACUGAGGAUACGUUGGAGGAUGUGGUUUUAGAUACGAGCUAUUUGGAUGUGAAGAGUGUGUGUGUUGAUGGGGAGAAAGCAACAUUUGACGUCUCAGAGAGAGUGGAACCUUACGGGAGUGCUUUGACAAUCAAUACUGGGAAAGAAGUGAAGGAAGGCCAAUGUGUCAAAGUGAAGAUUUCUUACGGUACCACCGAUAAAUGCACUGCUUUGCAGUGGAUGACACCUGAACAAACAUCCAAUAAGAAGCACCCUUACAUGUUCUCACAAUGCCAGGCAAUUCAUGCCCGUUCUCUAUAUCCUUGCCAAGAUACACCAGCUGUCAAAUCGCCCUUCGAUAUCAAGAUUCGUUCUCCCCUUCCAGUCCUUACUUCUGGUCUGCCGACGGGAACCCACGAGUUCAUUGCCGGAAAAUCUAAAGACGAAGCUGGAACUCUUGCAUACACAUCGCACCAAUCUAUUCCAAUUCCGUCGUACCUUUUUGCCAUUGCGUCAGGGGACAUUGCAUCAGCCUCUAUUGGCCCUCGGUCAUUGGUUUACACAGGUCCAGAAGAGCUUUUAGCUUGCAAAACGGAGCUUGAGGGUGACAUGGAGAAAUUUAUGGAAGCCGCAGAAUCACUUGUGUAUCCUUACCCGUGGACUACUUACAACGUUCUGAUCCUCCCUCCCAGCUUUCCGUACGGAGGUAUGGAGAACCCAACACAUACCUUCGCAACACCAACAAUUAUCUCGGGUGAUAAAUCUAACAUCGAUGUAAUUGCCCAUGAACUUUCCCAUUCUUGGUCUGGGAACCUAGUUUCCAAUGCAAGUUGGGAACAUUUCUGGCUGAACGAGGGAUGGACUACCUACCUCGAGAGACGUAUCGGAGGUAUUCUUCAUGGUGACAAGGAGUUUCAUUUCUCUGCGAUUAUCGGAUGGAAGGCUUUAAAGGAAAGUGUGCAGCUCUAUGGAGAGGAUCAUGGGUUUACGAAGCUGGUGGUGGACUUGGAAGGGAAGGAUCCGGAUGACGCCUUCUCUAGUAUUCCCUACGAGAAGGGAUUCAACUUCCUAUUUUUCCUCGAUAGAGUGGUAGGGAGGGCAAAAUGGGACAAAUUCAUUCCCCAUUAUUUCAAAAAGUUCCACCAGAAAUCAUUGACCUCAGAGGACUUCAAAUCAACAUUAUUGGAGUUUUUCGCAUCCGACGCUGAAGCUUCUGCGGCACUUGAAAAGGAAGUGGACUGGGAGAAAUGGUUCCACGCGCCUGGCCUUCCGCCAAAGCCUGACUUUGACACUUCGCUUGCCGAUGUCUGCUAUAACCUUGCGGAUAAAUGGCACGGUCUUAAUACCGACUCAUCACCAUCUGGGGGCUGGACUCCCGGUCCCAAGGAUAUCAAGUCUUGGACAUCUGGACAGAUCGUCGUUUUCCUUGAAAAAAUCACAGACUUUGAGAAACCGCUCAAAACGGAACUUGUCGAAACGAUGAUAAAUCAGUAUGGAUUCAUGAAGAGUAAGAAUGCGGAGAUUCUGAGUCGAAUGUUGAUAGUCGGACUCAAGGCGAAGGACCCAAAGUUAUUUCAGCCUGCAGCGGAAGCUUUAGGUAACUGGGGAAGAAUGAAGUUUGUAAGGCCUCUGUAUAGGCUGUUGAAUGAAUGUGAUAGGGAAUUGGCUGUUAAAACAUUCAACACUCAUAUCAAUUUCUACCAUCCAAUUUGCAGGGAUGUGGUUAAGAAAGAUCUUAAACUCGAGUAA